UCCUUAUGUACGUUACCUCUCGCUCUUGUUGCUCACAGGCCGGAAAAACGAAACUCCUGCCAGUGUGCUCCUCUCUUGAAUUGCAAGGGUCGCUUGCCAUUAUUUUGGUAGCAGGUAACCACACUUUGUCACUAGCCAAUCUUGUGCAAGCUUAGACAGAAAAAAAAUAUUCUGCAGCUCCCAGCAUUCCUCACCUGGCCAUGAUGGGAAUCUUAAGAUUUCAUUUUUGUCUAAAUAUACAUAGGAUGAUGCCCUAAAUGGCAGGAGAUCGAACUUCUGCGAAAUGGAAAGCUGUAGGAGCUUCUAAUGUACAGCAGGUGAACGUAAGAAUAUUGUUAAUGCCACUGCCUUAGAAUAUAUAAGCCAAAUGAAUGAGCUACCAUGAGAACUAGGUAUUCUUGCCAUACUCUUCCUGUUUUGGGUAGGUAAAUAUUAGCUUAAAGAAAUACAUUUUAUUAAAGUGUAGAACUAUUUUGAAAACACGUUUGUCCCCCCAAUCCAUUGAAUUUGUAAAUGCCUUUUCUUCAGCUAAAUGUAUUAGACAGUUUUCUUGGAUUUGGUACAGUACAUUUUGUUGACAUUGCUUUGGUAUAUAACGCCAAGAAAAAAAUAGGACUCCGAGUGUAAAUUGCUUACAUCACUCUGAAGUCAUGAGGUUUAGGUCAGAAUCUUAUGGGCUGAAUUCAAGAUCCGGAUUCUGUGACUGGCAGGAUUAAUCUGUUUUUUAGAGAACCACCUUUCCCCUCAGCUCAGUUGGGUCCCCUGACUUCCUAUGUAAUAUUUUCAGGGAACUGGGAAGGCUGCUGGGGGUAUGAGGGAAGAGGGAGAUCACAUCUACUACCUCAACUGUAUAUAUCUAAAUCUGGAUCCAACCCACGUAUAUUUACAAAGGAAAGCCCAGCCUUGGAAAAAAGGAGGGGCAAACCCCCCACUUGCCAAGAUGCCAGAAUGAAAAUCUUCCUGGCAAGUAAGAAUAUAUAGGUAGCCAUUCAGCAAGUCUUAUAGCUUGUUGUCUUGCAGAGCUCUGUGGUGCCAAAUUACCUGAGCAAGCAUAGCUCCCCUCAGUAAUCUGCAUCAAAUACUUUUACUACACUGAUUUAGCUGUUCAGAUAUGAAUACUUCUGAGUAACAGUUGCAUUUUAUAUUACUAAGUGGGAAUAUUACUAAUAAUAUUUUAUAUUACUAAGUGGCAACAUUUUCCCUUUUCUUGCAUCUAGCAAUCCUAGGUGCAGCAUUAUGUGAUUUGUAACUAUCACAUAACCCCCAAAGCCAAUUCGAAUGACUGACCAAUGGCUCUCGACUUUGUCUUAGGUUCUGAGCAUGCAAACCCUGCAACUUCACUAUCAAGUCAGGGUUUUUCCUCCUCUAUCCUAACAGCCUGAUUUUGUUUUUUAAAUUAAUACCUAGCAUGUUUUAAAAACAAAAAAGCCUAGAGCUCUCCAAAGCUUUGCAUCAUUUUUUGUCAUAAGAAAUGUAUUACAUCAAUGUGGAUUUAGGAGUAUAUUCAUUUGGAUGAGAAAAUCAGCCUAGAAAUAUAAAGUUGAGACAAAGACAUUGGCUUAUACAUUAUUUUCUUUUGUGUAAUCCCUUUGAUGUAUCCUCAGUGAGACUUGCACAACAAAGUUAGUCUAGUCUUGCAAGGGUUGUAUUGUUGCAUUAAAAGACCAAAAUAACCAAUUCAAGAUUUUAAAAGGAUUGCACUUUCAUGUACAUCACUCAGUUUUUCUAUACUUAAUUUUUGUAUAUUUGGAGAAUAGAAGCUGAAUGUUGAUUAUGACUGAGGUGAUGUGAAGCAUAAGGAAAGUUUCAUCAGUGGUGACUCAUCCAUACAUUCAAGUUGUCACCUAAUGUGCCCAUCAAGUGAUGAAAAUGCAUGUGUGAAUCAGCCCAAAUUCAUUACAGUUUGAGUGCAUUUGCACAUUAUCUAGUGCUGUACAGUAAAAUUUAUUUCUAUAUAAGUAUACCUGGGAGCAAACCCUACUGUACUCUGUGGGGUUGCUUCUGAAUGUAUGUGUAUAGGAUUGCCCUGAAAAUAAGUAUUUGCACACACAACAGAACCACCAAGCAUUUUCUUUUAGUACACUUCAAUCAUCUUGUCAUAGAUCAAGAGUAGUUAAAAUAGUGAUAGUAUUCAUCAUUCUGCCCCACCCUGCUUAUAUCCAGACAAAAUGUUAGGGGCAGUUUGCUAGGACUGGAGCACCUUGCUGUCAAUGGGCAUGUGCUGAAAUAAAGGUCCAGGGCCCCUGAGGAUAUCUGUGGCACCUGAUCCCCCUGAGUUAGCUGGCUUUUUGCUCACAUGUGCUUCACUUCCUGCUGCCCCCCCCCCCUUGAAUUUUUCUGCCAGAGGGAUCUUUUUCCAAAAUCAAAUGCCCUCCUCUCCCCUGCCUAUCUUCCAUUUUACAAAAGUCACAGAGAAAGAGUUCAGGGCAUAUGGAAAUCAGCAUGUGCUCAUCUGUGCAUCUUUUUUGUUCUGUGGGCCUGAGUCCUGGAUCUUUUAGCUACCCAACACCACUCCUGUUUAUAUCACAUGUGGAAAUGCAAUCAUUCGGAAAAGCUUUGCAUUGCUUGUUGGAAUAGAACUAUAAUUUGUACCAGUUAUUCCUGAUUCCGUUACCUGGAGAAAAAGGACAUGAACUUGCAGACUAUCUCUCUACACAAGAGAGUUUAAAGCAUAUUUUGGCAUUGUUGCACCAGGUGGGAUUCUGAAUAACCUUGUAACCGAAUAGAGGGUUUCAUAAGUCUCUCAACUCCAAACCGAAAUCAAAAUCCAUGCUUUUGAGUGCCCUAGUUGAUGUCGCUUGCCAUUUUGACGGUUGUCGUGGAAACAAGGUCAAGAACUUAGUGCAGCCAAUCAACUGUCCAGUACCACUUCCGUAUAGUUUUGCAUUCAUUCUUUCCCAUCAACCUUGGAAAAAGCAGUAGCAGAGUUAGUGGAAGGGGUGGAUCUCCAGAGGGAUCAGUUUUUUCUCGGCAGCCUGCUGUUGUGAUUCCCCACUGCGCCCUUCGCUUUUCUGCUAGCAGGAUUUUCCAGUGUGAGCACAACAAAGCUGCUCUCUACAUUGGAGGAUUCGAAGAAGGCUGCAGAGUUGCUGCAUUCAGGAAAUGAAGCAGGAAGCCUAAUCGAAAAGUGCGCGCCCAAAAGGUGGCUACGCUAAAAAGAAGCUGCGUGUCUGCAAGGCCCGUGCGCAUCUGUGAUUUUCCAGCCAGACUGCAAGGCCUCCUGCCACGCUUUGCAGCCCUCGAGGCCACCUCCACUCUGUGGAGAAAUGGCACUCCAGACCGUGCUAGAGACUGUGGAAAGCGGGGAGCAAGAUACUGUCCUCAAAGUGCUGCAGAUCUACAACCGAGAGAAAGCACAGUGUUUUACCUUUGAAGUUGAGGAACAGGAAGAAAGGAAGAAAUUGGCCGCACUCCUGAUCAAGUUCUUGGAGAGAGUGCUGCAGCCAUCCUGCCAGGUCACAUGCUUGGAAAGCAUACGAAUCCUAUCCCGGGACAAAAGCUGCCUUGGCCCCUUUACAACCAUGGGAAGCUUGAAGACACUCGCCAGGCAUGCUGGGAUUGAUUACACAGAGGAGCGGAUGCUAGAGGUACCAGACCUGGAUGUCAUCCUGGAGGCACUUAAGUGCCUAUGCAACAUUGUCUUCAGCAGCCCCCAGGCUCAGGAGGUGGCCUCUGAAGCCCGGCUUGUGGUGGGCCUCACAGAUCGCAUCAAACUCUACAACGAGAGAAAUCUCCCACAUGACAUAAAGUUUUUUGACUUGCGACUUCUUUUUUUGUUGACGGCACUCAGGGUGGACAUCCGACAGCAGCUUGCACAGGAACUCCGGGGUAUCAGUCUCAUGACAGACACCCUGGAACUUACCCUGGAAGUGAAGUGGAUAGACCCUCAUGAGGUGGCUGCUAUGGGGAAUCCUUCCCUACCUUUACCUCGGCAGGAGGCAGAGCUUGCCAUGGAAAUCCUGAAGGUCCUCUUCAAUAUCACUUUUGAUACCAACAAGAGAGAGGUGGAUGAGGAAGAUGCUGCUCUGUACCGACGCCUGGGUGCCCUCCUUCGGCACUGCCUGAUGAUUUCGGCAGAUGGUGAUGAUCGGACAGAAGAAUUUCACAGCCACACAGUCAACCUGCUGGGCAAUCUGCCUCUCAAAUGUCUGGAUGUCUUGCUGGCCCCCAAGGUGCAGCCGGGCUCCCUUGAAUACAUGGGAGUCAACAUGGAUGCUGUCAACGUUCUGCUGGAUUUCCUUGACCGGCGUCUUGACAGGGGUCAUAAACUUAAGGAAAGUUUAACUCCUGUGCUGAACUUGCUGACUGAGAGUGCCCGGGCCCAUCGUCAGACAAGGAAAUUCCUUAAAGCUAAGGUACUCCCUCCACUGCGGGACGUGAAAAAUAGACCAGAGGUGGGGAACUUGCUGAGAAAUAAACUCGUGCGCCUCAUGACUCAUAUUGACACAGAUGUGAAGCACUGUGCAGCCGAGUUCCUCUUUGUGCUCUGCAAGGAGAGCGUGGCACGGUUUGUGAAGUACACUGGAUACGGAAAUGCCGCUGGGCUUCUGGCAGCUCGAGGCCUCAUGGCUGGAGGGCGGACAGAAGGAGAAUACUCUGAGGAUGAAGACACUGACACAGAGGAAUACAAAGAAGCAAAACCCAACAUUAACCCUAUAACUGGACGUGUGGAAGAGAAACUUCCUAACCCAAUGGAAGGGAUGACAGAUGAGCAAAAAGAGGUUGAAGCAAUGAAACUGGUGAACAUGUUUGACAAACUCUCCAGACAACAGAUCAUCCAACCCAUGGGAAUGGGUCCAGAUGGCAAUCUAACCUCUCUGGAAGAUGCUGUUCAUCAGAUAGCUGAAGAGAGGUUAUCAUCCGACUCCGACUUGGAAUUGGACUGAGCUAAGCUCUCCUAGUCCUUAAAAACCUAUGGACCCUCUACUCUCCUUCCAUCACAGAUGCUGUUUUGGAAGAUCAGUCCAAUCAUGGGCUGGAUCCCCAUGCCUAGACUGGUAUAUCUGUUUUUUCUCUAGCCAUGUAACAGUUCUGCCCUUGAGAACUUUUUACAGCUUGGUUUUUUCCUGCUCUCAUUUCCCCUCAGUCUCUAAGUCUUGCAUUCUUGAUGUUUUCCAAGGACUUUCCAGAUAUUUUGAAGUUUGGAAAGGAGGGAGAGGGGAGGGCAAUCUCUCAUUGUAUCAAGACAUUUUAGUAGCACAUGGAAUGCAGUGAGUACUUGUGUUCAACUAGUUGUAUGGGAAGAAUGUGUGCUGUGUGCACAUGUGUGUGUUUGCAUUGGGGAUAUGUGCCAAGCACAUAAUGUAGCAACCAUACAGUGUGGUGCUGUUUAUAAAACAAAUGGAUAUUCUAAGCAAAUAUGACUCUGUACUUGCAGAUAUUGACUGGAAAAUGUUACAGAAAUGUAUGAAUAAAGAGAAACCUGCUUUUUUAACAUGUUAUAAUGUACUGUUGGAGACACAUAGAUGGAAUGUGGGUGAAGAUCAAACAUUCUGGGCAAUUCCCUUUAAGACACAUUAUGGAUGCAUGCAAAUGUUGCAGGUAAGGAAAAAUGCAUUGUUGAAAUAGUAGGUAUAGUCGUGACAGGUGUCACAAAAUGUGUUGGGAUGGGGGGAUGUGUGAGAAAUGGAUACAUCCUUUGCUCACACUGAUUUACUUGUUGAUAUUUUCAGAUAACCUGGGGCUCUGAUCCCUACAUAACUGUGCCGUGUUUCUCAUUCUGCCAGGUUUAGUUUUCUGAACAAACAAUGCUCUUUGCACUCUCCAGACAUAAGACAGUCAUCAAUUGUUUCACUGUACUCUUAACUGUACCUGCUUCAGUUCCCAUAUUCCAAUAGCAUUGUGCAGUCACAGGUUGCUGUGAGGCACCUUCAUCCUUCACCUCGAUUUCAGACUUUUUUGUUAAAAAAAAUCACAUUUCCCACCUUGUUGCCACUUUGCCAAUCAUUUAUGAACUUAGCACAAAUGUAAAUGAAAGGUUUUCCACUAGAAUAAAAGAAACAAAUGAGAA